UAUGUUUUCAGGUUGAAGAAGCAGUUCUUAUGUUUGACAGAUCUACAAAUAGGCACAGAGGUUUCGGCUUCGUCAUAUUUGACAACGAGAAGACAGUAGACAACGUCUGUGAUGAGCACUUCCAUGAACUAGAUGGCAAAUUGGUUGAAGUUAAGAAGGCCCAACCCAAGGAGGUGAUGAUCCCACAAAACGUAGCAAAGAAUAGAGCGGCAAUGAUGCGCAAUCUAUAUGGCAUCUAUGACCCAAGCAGCACAGAGACAAGUUUACUGGAGUUGAGACUAUUGCAGGCCCAACACCAAACAAACAACAACAACUCACCCUCGAUGUGCUCAGUCCCUACCGGUCUCACUUCCUCGGUGCCGUUAAUCAUGGACACAGUUGGCAAUGUUAAAGGAUAUGCGGCUCCCAAUUUCACGAUAGGGCCACUUACACGGGGAGCUUACACGUAUGCUCCUUUUCCUCCUUUCUUUUCAGCUUACCAACAGCCUCCUUUCGCCAUGUGUGGAAGCGGUGGUAUGGGGCGUGGUUCAGGUAGCAGAGGUCGACCCCCUCGAGGCAGCUCUAUAGGCAUGCCGUCGCAUCCUCACUCAGGGAUUCCAACGUACACCCCAGGUUUAAUGAUGCCGGCGGCUGGGGUCCCUCCCACGCCCGACCGUCGAGGCCAGACGCCGAUUACCUACUCCUACCCCGAUUACGGGUCUGCCGGCCCCGCGGCGGGCCGCUCAGCCCCGCCUCCUCCUACUCGCAACGAGCCUAGCUCCAUGUCGCACCAGCCUGAAUAUGGGAGGGAUUAUCACCAGCCUGCUGUGAUGCCAAACAGCUACCAGCCCCAGAGCUAUGCACCAUCACCGUCACCUGUUAAUAACCGCUACAAUACAACCAACAGUCCCGGGCCCAUGGACAUCUAUGGCGGGUCCCAAGACCAGGGAAUGGGGGGCAAUUAUGUACCCGCUGCCAGCCCUCAACCAACCCAUGCAUUCGGCAUUGGGUCCCAACCGAAGAGCUUGAUGCAGGGCUAUCAUCACAAUGGUUACAUUCACUGAGAGGGCGCUCUUCAACCGAUAAACUCACUAAAGGCUCCAAGACAGGGUACGGAUCAGGUCACUAUAACACAGUCUCACAUGGGAGGAACUACUAAACAAUAACAUUUUGUUUAACUCAGAAGGAAAUAAUCUACUGGCUUUAUAUCAAUGGUCCUACUCAUUCACAUCUAUCUCUAUGAUCGUUUCUGCUGAUAUAUACAUGUAUAUACAUACAUAUAUACAUCAUGGAGGGAGAACAUUUAAAUGUAAAUCAUCAGCCGGUUACCAUAAACCUGCAUUAUUUAUCAAUAUUUGUAUAAAUAUUACAAUGUAAGUUUCUCUCCAAAUUUUACUCCUGUUAAUUUAAUCUUUGAAAGGAAUAUGUUCAUGAACUGUAUUGUAAGAUGUGAUUGUUUUUAUUUCUAUCAUUGUUUUUAUCUUUUUUUUUAAUCUGCACAUUGCAUGGCUUGUUAUCUUUUCUAUGUUGGAUGCCAUGCAGCCAAUAUUGUUUUUUUCUUUUUUUUGGUUGAUGCAUUCACUUUAUUUUUCUCAAUGAUAUGAUUUAUCUGAGCAAUCUAAGGCAAUUAAGGAUGAUAUCAGUGUAAAUAUAUAUAUAUUAUCUUGUUCAGUUUUGUUCUGAAUUCUUGCAUUUAAAUAUGUUUUGCUUGCUUUCGUACACAUCUGUUUUUUUUUAACUUAUGCAGCCAAUUUAUAGUCUGCACUCAAUGCAAUGAAAUUAUGAAUGAGAAAUAAGUUAUGACAUUUCAAAGAUGGAGUAUGUGCUACAUGAUAUUGAAACUGAUGACCCGAUGCAAAUGUCCACCAACGGUAAAGAAGAACCAGUGUUAAAGCGUGAUUAUUUGUUCAUAAACGGGAGGUAUGUCUGGUUUCAGAUAAGUCCGUGCGAAACAGUAAUUGUAAUUUUUUUUUAUAUAUUUCGGAUCUCUGAAACCGGUACAAGGCAUGGUUGGUUAGACACACUGUGGAAUCUUCCUAUCUUGAUAGGGUUUUUUUGCUACUUGGCAAAAGUCACAGAAAAGAGGCCUUUAAAGCCUUGAUCAUACAACUCCGAAACGCGAUCCAUGUAGAAAUUCAGACUUCUCGCGUUGGCGAAUGCUGAUAGCUUUCAUCGGACAUUUCUACUUACUUUUGAUAAAUAUAUGGAUUGUCAUUUCUUAGCUUCUGAAGGUAGAUUAUUGCCAAGGGAUGAUCUUUGGUAUAUUGGCGGGAAGGAUAUUUUUCCAGCAGCUUAUGUACCUUGAGAGGAGCUAGAGAGUUAAAAAAAAAGAAACACAAACUUGCCACAUUGCGUAGCGUGUGUCCUGUAGUAAAGUGCAUGAAAUUUGUAUAACGCUGGAGAUAUUUUUAUUCACUUGAUUGCACAAGAGACAAUUCCAUGAAUAUUUGUAUCAAUUUAUUGACAAUCUCAAUCUAUGAAUUCUGUACAAGUUUUUUUUGUAAUUCUAAGCAA